AGUGAUAGACCCAAAAGAAGUCUGACCUCGGGAGUGUGUCAAUCCAUCUAGUGAUAUCAAUGGUAUAUUCACGAGCCGAAAAAGAGAGCGAAGGUGUGUGAGACAUAUAGGGCAUAGCAGCAAUGAGCGACUGAGUGAAAGCUAACUGACGACUGGCAAGGAAUAAGCGUGGCAAUAUCGUAGAUAGGCGAAAAUCAAAUGGAAACUGUACCUAGCGUAAAGAAAAAUGACUUCCUUGGAUAUCGAUCAGGCUAAGAAGGACUUCCUUCCGCCUGAGGGCUGGAAACGAAAUCCAAUUCUGCUGCAGCUGAAGAAACUUGAUGAGGCCCUCACGUAUAAGUUGGCUCUUGCCUUUACUGAGGAUUCACUACUUGGUCAUCUGCAGUACAAACUUCGCAUGUUUGAGUACUCUGCCCAUACACUGAUGUGCUUUGCCUUGGCACUCUUCUUCUGGUACAUGAGCAUCUCGAUGGCUUCGAAAACUCUCUUCACGAAUAUUAUCCUUGCCAUGCUGAUUGACGUCCUUGUAAUUGCAUUUGUGAAGGCUGCGUGCCGUCGGCGUAGGCCUGGGGUAACCCGCCAGCAGUACGAAGUGAAUCCUUCUUCAACAAACCUUAGCUUCCCGUCUGGCUUCGUAUCACGAGCAACGAUGAUUUUUUUAAUAAUUCUUUCGCAGGACUUCAUAGCAUUCGUUCCCAUCGCGUUCCUCACGUGGGCUGUGCUCAUGCUGCUCACAAAAAUCGCUCUGGGCAGGUUUUUUAUUUUUGAUGCAGUCGCCGGAGUGCCCAUUGGCUAUGCGGUAAAUUGGUUCAUUCAGGCUGUGUGGAUGGACGCGGCUGAUGUGGCCGCGCUAGAAGGAUUUUUCGCGGGACAGUUCAACGACGAAUGAGCCGGCCUUUUUCCGUUAACGAAUGUUGUUGUAUGCAUAAAUAUAGCGCCUAUGAAGUAAGAUGUGAGUAAACAAAGAUCUGAGCCUUGCCGAUAUAGCUUAGGUUGCGUCUAUACAGGCCCAAAGAUAAGCCUACUUAACUCAUGAAUAACGUACUUUCUGUAUAAGGCUGUAAGUUAUAUGCUUAGGUCAGUAACCUUAACGUUCAAAUUUUCAUUACCAUCAAUCAAUUUGGUGUAAGGAAGCGUGUAAUAAUGGUUUGGUUGGUAAUAAUGGCACAUAAUGCUAAGGAGAGGAUUGUAUAGAACUAAUGCUUGAAACAAUCGAAACUUCGUAGCGUUUUACCAAGCCCUCCAGGCCGACCGAGGCCUGAACUCUAAUAUUAAACGUCACUUUAAUACCAAUAAAGUAACGUGAGCAAUGAAACUUUUAUGCGUACAGCUUUUUCUACUCUGCGAUAAUUCAUAGUACAUUUUUCUGACACACUCAGUUAUCGCAUUGUUGUUAUGUGGAAAGCAACAAUUCGAAAUGUGCAUCUAAAACAACCUUCCGGUCGCUGCUACUCUGUCAGAGCUUUUCUUUCACUAUAGAAAAAACAAAUGGCUACUAUUAAAUUAAAAUUACUAUACACUCAUUGCCCAAACAGCGUAAAACAAGACGCAAGUAUUUUUAUUCACCGAGAUAAUAUAGUGGAACAAAAUAAAGGCUGUACGAAUUACCGAAUAAAAACACGUUUUUUAACUUUAACAGAGCAUACAAUAUAACCGGGUAGCAAAAUGUGUCGGUUCCAGCAAUGAGAGCUUUACGCGAAACUUGAGUGAGUAAGAACUAAAGAAACUGGUGCUGCCGAUGCCCCCUUCUGCAAUUAUGGAAAAAUUUCAAUCAGUUUGUAUGCGCUGUUUAUCGUUUGCAUCUGGAAUUUGAAGGUACGAUGUAGGCAAGAGUUAAUAUGGUAGCGAAAUUGGAAUACUUUGUCGAAUGAAGCGCUGCAGAUGCAAUCCUAGUUACCUUAAAUAAUGUUAUUUAUAUCCUAUAUAUUGGUACUAUACUUGUUCCCCUGGUCAACUUUUAAUAUAUCAGAUGUAAUGUUAGAGGGGUGUAUGGUCACUGAACGCGAAAUAAAUUUGUGAUGUUGAUAUAAUGUGGUCA